GGAGGCGGCGGCGGCGGUGGCGGCGACGGCGGUUUCUUCGUUCUCCUUUUUUCCUUUUGCCAACCAGAGCGGUAGUACACGCGCGCGGGACACAAUACGCCCGUAGUGUGCGUCGUGGCGGCGGCGGCGGUGGCGGCGAUGGUGGCGGUGGACUGCUCUCGUAGAAAAUUGCCGGCGACAACCGGCUCCCGGUGAAGUGAAUAAAGACGUUUAUCGGAUCUUAUCCGGUCAAACACACAUUGAACAGUCAUUUCGUCUCGUCACGUCUGUGAUCUCAUAGCGUCGCGCCGUUUUCGUCGCACUCGCCGGCUUUGGAAAUCGUACACGCGCACAGACUGUUUGCGAACGGCAACGUAUCUCAUCGACUUGAGAGAGGGUGCACUGACUCCAGACACAAUGGAAUGCGUUUGAAGAUAGAAAAGUACGUGCACAACUGUAUUGACUGUAUCUUGGCCGAAAGAAAGUCCGGGAAAAUGGAAAGAUGGCUAUAUCGUACUCAAAUGAAGUUAAGAGAAGAUUCUUUGAUUAAGGACAUUAUAGCAACAGAAGAGGUCGCAUCACAUCAGCAAGAACGUGAAAAGUCUCGUGAAUUGGCGAGACAAGCCAUAGCUAAGAUUCAAGAGGAAAAUAAGCGAACAUAUAAUAAGAAGAAGAAAGUUCCACCGCAAUAUCGAGAAAAUGAUCUGGUAACCAUAAAACGCACCCAAGGAGGACCUGGAUUAAAAUUCGCCGCCAAGUAUUUAGGACCCUACCGCGUUAAGAAGACACUUUGCAACGAACGAUAUAUAGUCGAGAAGAUAGGAGAAGUAGAAGGGCCACGCAUAACGUCUACGGCGGCUGACCACAUGAAGCCCAGGGACAAUACAUUACCUGAAAAGCGUACAUCUGAGGACAUAUGUCAGUCGGAUGGCUGAGUAUAGGAUGCGGUGCAGUUUAGACUUUCGAAUAGCGCGCGAGAUAGAGAUAGGCAGGAUCCGCAAAGACAAUACGCGCAGCGGCGCACGCAUAAUAAACAAAAAGCGAGCGGACACACGAGUCAGUGCGAGACCACGACGAGCGAAGUAACGACGUAACGACGUGAUACCUUUUUGUGUUUUCCUUUUUUUCGCAAGUCACCUUUUUCUUUUAUUGUAUCCCCGGUAUUUAAAAUACAUUACAUCUAUAACUUUAUAAAUCUGGUCGGAUUAUUACAUUCUGUAAAUCUUGAACCUUACAAUUCAUUUUCAGUUCUGUCCUCUUUGCGUUAUUUUGGAUCUAGUUGAAAGAAAAAAGAACGUUUCCAAUAUGUUUUGAACUACUCGCAAUAAUGAGACACAUCGUGUCCUGCGAUGGACCGGACCAAUGCAAGUAACUUGUGGUGGUUCAAAUUAGGCAACUUGUAGAUUACGUCAGAAAAAUAUGUUUUUAUCAUUACAUUUGUACUGUAAUAUACAAACAGGUGCAUCAUAUUGUAACUAAGAUAAUACAUUUUACAUUAGUAACGUUUAAAAUUAUGGUAUUUACAGGAUGUAGAAGAAAAUUAAUUCGAGAUGUCACGGAAAUUAAUGUUCACACAUCACUACUUUCCAGAAUUCAGCGAGAUUGAGCGGAAAGGCUGCCUCGUUGUUCUAGCACUUUCCAUUCUCACUCUUUAAGCCAGUAUAGUCAAUCACUGACACUGCAAAUAUCUCUAUUUUUUAAAAUAGA